UCUCAUACCGACAGGUAAGCACUGCAUGUGUUCGCAUUGAGGUCAUUCGGCUCUAUAUGAACCACAACUUUACAUUUUUGUUUUGUCUUCACAUACUGUCUCAGAGUCAGAGUGUGCAUCUCUUAUUUGUGGAAGACUUUUAAUGAAGAUUUAAAUUAUUAUUCAAAAAGUUUGGUGAGCUAGAAUACAACAUGGCUGGGAACCAACGAGUGUGUCUUAUAGGCGCGGGUCCUAGUGGCAUGUCCUUUCUCUAUCACAAUAGUAAGCUAAAAGCGGCCGGGAAAAAGUGUGCAGAUGUCGUCUGCUACGAAAAACAGUCCAACUGGGGAGGAUUAUGGAACUAUACCUGGAGAACAGGCCUGGAUGAACAUGGUGAGCUCUGCCACGGUAGUCAGUACCGGGACCUCUGGUCCAACGGUCCCAAGGAAUGCCUGGAGUACCCUGAUUACACGUUUUAUGACCAUUUUGGGAAGGUCCUUCCGUCCUUCCCUCCACGGGCUGUUCUUUUCGACUAUCUACAAGGUCGUUGGAACAAGAGUAACCUUCGUAACUACGUCACCUUUAACACGGUAGUGAAAAGCGUAACCUUCAACAAGGAGACAGACGACUUUACAGUCAUGGUCAAGGAUCUUAGCAUUGACAAGGAUCUCCCACCGGAGAGAUUCUCUCACGUCAUUGUUGCUUCCGGUCACUUCUCGGUCCCAGUUGUUCCCUAUUUUGAUGGAAUCGACAUGUUUCCUGGUAGAGUUCUUCAUUCGCACGACUUCAGACGAGCACGCGAGUUCAAAGGUCAACGCCUCCUUGUGGUCGGAGCGAAAUAUUCAGCGGAAGACAUCGCAAUGCAAUGCAGGAAGAUGGGUUCCGGUAAUGUCGUCUGCUGCUACCGUACAAAGCCUAUGGGGUUUAGCAACUGGCCGGCGGGGAUAGAGGAACGUCCAUUGCUAACAAAAGUCAUCGGGAACACAAUUCAUUUCAAAGACGGGACCACGGCGGAAGUUGACGUCAUCAUUCUUUGUACUGGAUAUAUGUACCACUUCCCGUUCAUGUCGGAGUCACUUCGUCUCAAAACGAAAACAGAGCUGUACCCCGAUGGGCUGUAUAAGGGGACUGUAUGGAUGGGCGGUGGCAACAAUAAGCUCAUGUACCUUGGCAUGCAAGAUCAGUAUUACUCCUUCACCAUGUUUGACAUCCAGGCGGAAUGGGCAUGUGCAGUCGUAGCAGGACACUUGAAGCUUCCGAACAGGCGGCAAAUGGAGGCGGAUAUUAAAGUAUGGAGGGAGGAGCAAAAGUUACUGAAGGAUUGUUACGAAGAUAUCGCCUACCAGACGAAGUUUGUGUGUGACCUUGCCAGUGAAGUCGGUUGUAAGUACAACCUCGAUGUCUCUGCCCUAUACAACAAAUGGGAGGAUGACCGGUUUGCGAAUAUAACGACAUACCGGGAUCAGACGUUUACAUCCGUUUUCAGCGGAAAGACAGGGAUCAAACAUCACACCCCAUGGUUCAAAGCAUUCGACGAUUCCCUGGAGACGUUUGUAAACCAGCCCCAAACAAGUAGAAGAGGAAAAAAGGGACGACUUGAAGUAGCAUGAUUGCCUAGUUGUUAUAUUAUCUUCUUAUUGCAGGUAUAUUAUAUUCUACUGGACAUUUGCAACUGAAGACAUUUAGGAAAUAUAUGUUAUCUAAUAAUGUAUAUUCAAUUAAGCGGAGUGGGGUUUCACGUAUAAAUAAUGGUUUUUUUUAUCAUAACAUAUUGCAUAUUUAUUGUAUAUCAAAUCGGAGAUAACAGUCGGUGGAAUAUAAAAAGUUGCUUUUGUAUUAUGUAUAGUCAGCGGUUUAAUUAUUAAAGCAAUGACGUUUUAUUUAGCAAAGGUGUUGUAACUGUUUCAUGAUACAGUAUAUGUCACAAAGAAACUAUAAACAUGUUUUAUUGUUUUUUUAACGCAUAAGUGGAGACGUAUAUAGAAUUAGUCUGUCACCAGCCAUUCAUCAACGUCCUUCAUGUCAAGAUUGUGUUUGUCAAGAUCUUCAUGAGGUAGCAACUUGCAUUAUUGUCUGAAAUAAAUGUUAAUUCUAACCAGUGGGCCUCCCUAUAACACGCACAGAUUUCAAGGACAUGUAACAAUUUAUAUUGUAAAAAAUGAAAGAAUAACAAAGUUUCAACAAAACUGUGAUACAUCACCUUUGCAAUUAAAUGUCCCACCAAGA